AAGAACAUGGCGAGCGAUGCGCAUGCGCGUUUAUUGGCCUCAGCUCCAGUAAAACAUUUCUCCUCUGGCUUUCCGAGCUGACCUGCUAUUCUGAGGCUUACAUCGUCGACAGAUUCGGGGUAUUGCAAUCAUGGCAUCCAGAGGACUGAUGCAGGCAGCGACGCUCCUCCUGGCGACACAGCUUCUUCUGUGUCUGGGUGGUGCAGAGGCUGACCAGGAAACGGGGACGGUCAUCCCUGCAGAAAGUCGCCCGUGUGUUGACUGCCAUGCAUUUGAGUUUAUGCAGAGGGCCCUGCAGGACCUAAAGAAGACUGCGUUCAACCUUGACGCCAGGACAGAAACACUGGUGCUGAGGGCUGAGAGGCGGGCUUUGUGUGACUGCAUGCCCAGCUCACUGCGCUGAAGCCACACUGUUCCAAAACUACUCAUGUACAGCAAUUUUUAUUUCAACACACAACGGACACUUUAUUUUUUCUCAUUUCUGUGAUUGAAUGUUGUGAUGAAGCACUUUUUUUAAUCAUUCUAAACAAACCACAGAUGUCUUACAAAGUUGAUUCUUUUGGGGAAUUCUCUUUGUUUAUCUGUUCAUCAUCUUUUCCAAACCACAUUAUGUUGAUUUGUUGAUCUUGUUUUGGUUUGGAAAAAGAAAAAGUAUAAUGUCCAGAGACAUGUCUCAUACAUAUUUGUCGGGCUUCACUUAGCACAGCACUGUAGCAUGAAUUUACAGCACCUUUUGUUACCAUAGAUUGUAUGUAUAGAUUUUGUAUGUAAGAAAUGACCACAAUCCCGUUCAGAUUACCGCAAUAUUGAGAGAUAGUCAUAAUCGUGUUGCCGUUGCUUGUACACGAUGUUGUAAUGUCACACAAGUCUUUGCAUUGUCACGUCUGCGAGAGAAAAAAAAACAUGUGAUUGUGUUGUAGCUCAAGUCGAAUAACGUCAAAAUUUUUGGGUUGCAGAAAAAAGUUGUGAACUUGGGGGUGGGCGGGAGCAAAGACAAAUAAAAUAUGCCAUGAACUUGAUAUCAAAAUGUGAAAAAAAUCGACAUUUUACAGCGACUUCCUAUUUCCACCACAAGAGGGCGCCCCAAGUCAAGCGGGCAGCUGUGUCGCAGCAAUGCAGCAUUCUCCCUUCCCUCCCUACUUUACGACUGCAAGCUGAGGUGAAAUGCUGCAAAUAAGAUGCAUCAAGACUAAAAGCCAAAACACGCCUUGACCUUUAGUGACACACCAAUAAUAUCAGUCUGGGGGCUGGCACUUUGCUGGACUUGCUGCUACUCCACAAAAAACGAAUGAAGUUAAAGUACAGAGGUGUUAAAUGGGCACCAUUAGCCCUAAGCUAUUACAAAAACGGGGCCACGGCCAAAUAUAUAAACCCAAUGUCUAAAAAAAAACAGAGAUUAUUUGAAUUAUUGUGUUUUUCCCCAUUGUAUAUGUCUCUAGUUUUCAUGGAGCUACUCAAAAAUAUUAAACAAAUCAGUUCUGCUUCACAGGAAAUGCAUUUUAAGUCAUGUAAUUCUACACUGUGUUCACAGGAGGGCGCCAUACAUUAAAACCAGUACCGUAACGUGAAAUUAAUUAAAGCUAUUUCUUAUUUGA